GCAUCACGGACAAAGAUACGCUCUGAAUUUCGUGAAAAGGAGCAAGGUGCGUCGUUUCAUAAGGGGGACACGACAUCAGCGGUAACAUGUGAUUUGUGGACCAAAGUAAAGGAGGUAUUUUAUUGAAAUGGAGCCGAUGGAUCCAUAUUCAGGUUACCCUGAUUAUCACACAGUAUAUACUGCCCUUGAAGAGUUUAACCUUGCUUUCCUGAAACGUUUUUUCAAGACGCAUUGUCUCGAGGAUGAGACGUUAAAUCUUAUGAAAUCCGAGGAGGAACUCAAAAGUGUAUUAGUGAAGAAUUUGGGUUUGCCCUAUGGUCAAGCAUUCAAAUUUAGCAGGAACUGGUUCCAGAAGUAUCAUAAGCACAAAGGGGCAACGAUAAUUCAUAGGCAAAAAGAAAGCAAAAACGUUUGUGGGAGCACUGUGAAAAUUAAUACAGGAGACGGGUCUUGGGGUCAUACAGGUACCUCAAAAAAUCAAACUGAGGAAAGCAAAAGUUAUCACGGACCAAAUAAGAUUCUAAACCUUGCAGAGGACCAAGAUAAGAGUACUGCAUUAACCUUUGACAAAGAUGACAUCUCCGAAAUGCAGAAAGGGAACGGGAACUUAAGCAUAAACUCGCUGAUGAUGGAAAAAGGAGCUGUUGUUCAAGACCGUCCUUUCAAUGAUCCUGAAGAGCCUGUAACCAGUCAAUGGUUGAAAUUCAAGCAGGAUUCAGGGGUGCAAAAGGCGUGCCAAAACGCAAACACUGAUGCGGGCUUUGAAGUUCUCAAGGAAGGUAUUUGAAAAUAGCCUAUGUUCAAUGAUAGGAUGUUUUCGAAAAAUUUCCCACGUGCGUUAUUAAGAAUCCGUGGUACGCUGGUUCAGUAAACUUGCACUGUAUACUUUCGCUUAAUUCAGGUUUUAUUGUCAAUAAUUCAAGCGGAGUAUUGACAUUUUUUGCGGACUUUGUCCGCGAUCUCGGUUAGCAUAUUUCGUUUACAUCGCAUAUUGCACCUCACAAAAGAAGUGAAUUUGUCACAUUAUUAAUAUUUAAUUGUAGUUUUGGGUAAGGGGUCGGUUUUCUACAUUUUAUGGGGUUGGUUUAGGUGGGUGAACCCAGUAGGGGACUAUGUGUCCUAUUAUUCUCUCACCUGUAAACUGUACGAAUCUAUAAAUAUAUAAGUAAAUAGAAUAAAAAGGAUUUUCAUGAAACUUGGCCAGAAUAUUCUUUAGAUAUUAAUACAAAAAAAAAAAAAAAUGCGAGGCUUUAAUGAAGUUUAAAAUAUUCUUCCUAUGACUUCACGGCGCGUGACAACAACCGGAGUAUUUUCUAUUGCCGAAAUAAAAAAUAGAUUGUCUCAGGAACCGGUACGAAUGUCUAGAAAACCUCCGGCAUCGUCUUUUAGCCUAUUUUCUGCUGAGUGAUACAACUGCAACGCGAAGGCUGGUAAUUCAGUUAAACAAACGCCGUCAGUGUCAUCU